AUGGCUUGUGUUCUGCUUGCUUCAUGUAUUGUUGUCAUCGCAUUGCUGUCUCGAACUUUUCUCUUCCUUCUACCUUCCUUCGUUCUAUGCCACCACCAGUCGCUUGAAGCCCCGAAAGCCCAGCGCCUUCCCUUCACAACACCUUGGUUGGCCCUUGCCCCAACGCCGCAGCCCAGGACGGGACCUCCCCAGCCGCCAGGUGCUGGCCUCGCAAUUCCUGUCAGGACCCCAAGCGACCCACGGAACCAGCCUGCCAAAAGGGACGGCCUAACACGCCGGAGCGACACCAAGCCCGAUUCAGACCAACCGCCAAGGCAAGGUGCAACACCGAUCGCCCAUCCAGCCAUCCACCCACGAGCGAGCAUCCACCACACGACAACGGACCACGACCAGCAUUGCUCAACCAUUCCGUCCGCAGUCCGCUCGUUAGCACUACUAGCUUCACCACUCCCGGGCGCCAUCGUCACAUCUCAUCGCCUCCACUGGCUACAGAUGCUGCUGUUCGGCUACAAAGACUUGCUACACCCUACAUUACAUUGCUCUCCCAUUUACCUACCUCGCUACGAAACUAGGCACAUACACUACGCACGCUCGCUCCACGCGGUACACAAGGUCGAACAAGGCACAAGUCGAAACCGUCGGUCGUCGCGCCUUAUCCAGAUUAAGGUACCCUCUUCAAUAUCGUGGCUGUGGCCCAGUACCAUUGACCCCGAUCUCUGUCUUGUCACAGCAAAGAAGGCCUUGAUUAGCGCUGCCCAGCACCCAGGAUCGCCUAUUCCCAGCUACAACCGCGACUAUUCCUUAUCGCUCCUCCGACUUUUGCUGUUGGUCACUGCAUUGCUGCUGUAUGCUGUCACUAUCAUUGUUGUUGCCCCUGCUGUCGCUGACUGCUGCUGCCGCCGUUGCGUUGUCACGACUGUCCCUGUCAAGUUGAGUGACGCUGUCUCGCUCGCUCGCUCGUUCGAGGCGCGUUGAAGAGGAGUCUAUACAGUAUCCCCGCAUAACCAUAACCACAACAACAGCGACAACAAUAAGACAAACAAUAAGACAAAGAAGAAGCGAAAGAAAGCGAAGCGAGCUGUGCUCGAGUGUAUAGAUCUCGCCGCUUCCAAGACAACAACAAGACCGCCUACCCCGGGAGAAGCGAUAACAUCUUCAAGCGAACAAGAGACAUCGGAGAAAAGAAGAGACAGAAACAAGAUACCGGAGUAACAGCCACACUCGAUUCGAGAUUAGAGUUACGAAAAGAGGAAAAGAAUAAGGGAAAAAAGAAAAGAAAAAAAUAACAAGAAAAGGAGACAGCAUCAUCCAUUCCACGCACAC